AUGCCAAUGUUGGUUGAGCUGAGGGCUCAGUUCGAAAGGAUGAUUGAAGCAUACAAAGUUAGUAAAAUUAAUUAUGGGGAGCAUCUCAUCAAUUUGACAAAAAACACCUCAUCAAGGCAUUCGAGUGUUUUUAGAGCAGUUUUGGCUAAGGGAAGCGGAAGAAUCGUUAAGGAAGCAAAGAAGCGGAAUCUUCGAGAAGCUAGAAGCUUGUCUCGAUCGAGACAGACACUAGAGGAAGUGUCUCGAUCGAGACAAGGCCAAGAAUCCAGGUCCUUGUUUGGUGAGCAACCGGUGAAGCAUACCUCGAUGGUUUUACAACUAGCCGAUCACUCUCUCAAGAAGACGUAUGGGAUAGUAGAAGAUGUGCUUGUUAAAGUGGAUAAAUUCUUUCUGGUGGAUUUUGUGAUCUUGGACUAUGCGGUGGAUAAAGAGUGUCCUAUAAUCCUUGGUCGCCCAUUCAUGAAUACCGGGCGUGCUCUUAUUGACGUGCAUGCCGGAAAGCUUAUCUUGAGAAUUGAUGAGGAAAAAGUGGUGUUUGACAUGAAGACAGUGAUGCGGAAUACCAUCGAGGAGGAAGAGUGUAUGAGAGUUGAUUUGGUGGAUGAUCUUGUGGAGGAUCAAUUGGAGGAGAAUGUGGAAGCCAUCAACCGGGGAAUGCUACAAAAUUUGGAGGAUUUUGACCGUUUUUCAAGGGUUGUCUUCCAUUUUGAUGACCUUGAUGAUGAGUACUCCGAGGAAGAUGAGCCAAAGCCGGAAAUCUUGAUAAAAGAAAGGAGAGUUACACCUCCAUCUUCCGAGGUGCCACCAAUUGUUGAAAUGAAACCGUUACCACCUCAUCUCCGAUAUGCAUUUGUAGGGGAAAACAAAACGCUUCCUAUCAUCAUCUCCAACAGGCUAUCGGAGGCUCAAGAGAAGAGGGUUGUACAAGUGGUACAAAGUCAUAUAUUAGCCAUGGGAUGGCAAAUUUCUGACAUCCGAGGGAUAAGCCCUCAAGUUGUGAUGCACAAGUUUCAUCUCGAAGAUGAGUCAAAGAAGUCAACUCAAAAGCAAAGGAGAUUGAAUCCGAAUAUGAAAGAAGUGGUGCACAAGGAGAUAGUCAAGCUAUUAGACGCCGGGAUCAUCUAUCCUAUCUCGGAUAGCGGAUGGGUGAGCCCGAUUCAAUGUGUGCCCAAGAAGGGAGGAAUGACGGUUGUGGAAAAUGACAAGGGGGAACAAAUCUCUACAAAAACGGUGACCGAAUGGUGUUUGGCGAAUCUCGAGCGUGUGUUAAAGCGAUGUGAGGACACCAACUUGGGAGUCCGGGCAUUCUUGCGCCAUGUGGGCUUCUAUCGCCGAUUCAUUAAAGAUUUCUCAUCUAUCGCAAGGCCAUUGACGAAUCUCUUAGUGAAAGAUGCCCCAUUUGAGUUCACAAAGGAGUGUUGUGAGGCAUUCGGGAAAUUGAAGGAAACACUUGUGACCGCUCCCAUUAUUUCAUCUCCGGAUUGGAGUUUGCCAUUUGAGCUCAUGUGCGACGCUAGUGACAAAGCUCUAGGGUGUGUGUUGGGGAAACGUAAGGAGAAACGAGUCCAUGUGAUUUAUUACGCUAGUAGAACUUUGGCGGGGGCUCAAUUGAACUACACCAUCACGGAAAAGGAGAUGCUCGCCGUGAUUUUUGCUCUUGACAAGUUUCGAUCUUAUCUUCUUGGGGCCAAGACUAUUGUUUUUACUGACCACGCGGCAUUGAGGCAUCUCUUUGCCAAGCAAGAUGUCAAGCCUUGCCUAAUCCGGUGGAUCCUUUUGAUGCAAGAGUUUGACAUCGAGAUGCGGGACAAGAAGGGAGCGGAGAAUGUGGUUACGGACCACCUAUCAAGGCUUGAGAACCUGGAAGCAAUCCUAACCGGAAAGGAAAUUAAUGAGCCAUUCCCGGAUGAAAUGUUGAUGGUGAUCUCGAAAGUUGAAACACCUUGGUAUGCAGACAUAGCAAAUUACCUAUCUUCGAAUGUCAUGCCUCCAGAUUUAUCCCAUCAUCAAAAGAAGAAAUUUUUGAGUGAUGUGAAACGGUUUUUGUGGGAUCAGCCCUACUUAUUCAAGAUAUGUGGAGAUGGGAUGAUUCAGAGUUGCGUACCAUUGAAAGAAAUGAUGCCAAUUUUGAGCCAUUGUCAUGAAGCGGAUUAUGCCGGGCAUUAUGGGGCAUCAAGAACCGCCACGAGAGUGCUUGAGAGCGGUUUCUUUUGGCCAACACUAUUUCGUGAUGCCAAGGACUUUGUGGGGGCAUUGUGA